AUGUCCCGCCCCAUGUGCCGCCUCUUCACGCAGCGCCUCGGCGCCUCCUCCGCCCGCCUCUCCCCAACACCGCCGCGCACCUUCUUCCGCAGCCCAGCUGGGCGCCGCUUCGCGUCGGGGGAGUCGGGACCGAAUCCCAACCCGGGGCAGAACCCGUUUAAGGUGUGGCCGUUUGUGGCGAUUACGUUGGUGGGGACGGGGUCGUAUAUUUUGAUGGCGAGGAGUAGGGAUGGUUCUUACGUGACACCCGACAUCACCACCCCCCAAACCCCCCGCCUCCCCGCCCCCAAACAAGACACACCCCGCUUCUCCCCCACCAACGUCACCGUGGUCUUCGUCCUCGGCGGCCCCGGUGCCGGAAAGGGCACCCAAUGCGCCAAACUAGUUGACGAAUACAACUUCACCCACCUCUCCGCCGGCGACCUCCUCCGCGCGGAGCAAGAGCGCCCCGGCUCCGAGUUCGGGGAAUUGAUCAAAGACUACAUCCGCGACGGCAAGAUCGUGCCCAUGGAAGUAACCGUGCAACUCCUCGAGAACGCCAUGGCGGAGGUAGUCGACAAAUCCGGCGGCAAGGGCAAGUUCCUCAUCGACGGAUUCCCGCGGAAGAUGGACCAGGCGGAGAAAUUCGAGGAGAGCGUUGUCAAAGCAGCAUUCGUGCUGUUCUUUGAUGCGCCGGAGGAUGUGAUGAUGGAGCGGUUGGUGAAGAGGGGGGAGACGAGCGGGAGGGCCGAUGAUAAUGUUGAGAGUAUUAGGAAGAGGUUUAGGGUUUUCGUGGAGACGAGUAUGCCGGUUGUGGAGAGGUUUGAGAAGGAGGGGAGAGUGGUGAGGGUUAAGGCUACGCAGAAGCCCGAGAAGGUUUAUGAGGAUGUAAAGAGGGGGAUUCAGCCGUGGAUUGAGGGGAAGAGAUAGGUGGGGAGAGGGGGGAUGUUGGCUUGGAAGUUGGAGGGGGUGGGAUGGAUGGCGGCAUUGUGCGAUUAGGAUUGAAGACAGGAAAGGUGGAGGCAGGCGGCUGUAAUACAUACAUACACAAGACGAAUAGGCUCGUCCGUCACAAGCAUUUCAUAUAUCUGUAACUCAAAAAAACAAACAAUACAUUUCGUUCAGAAACGAGGCCACGGCGAUGAUACAGGAG